AUGUCUACAUAUUUUGGUCAAGUCGUUAGAAACACCGUUAUGGACUUCUAUAACUAUCUCGUGACAAACGCUUCAGGAAGAUCAGGACCAGACCUACAGUAUCCAAAAACCGUCACCGACGCCGUCCUGCCACCAGAAGACCUACUAAAAGUCGCUGUCAAGAAACUUGGUGUUUUGAAGAAGGAAGGAGGCAAUUGGAGACAAGAAGCACUUCAAAAUGUGCUGGUUUUGAAGUUGUAUAAUCACAUUGAGGAUAGCAAUAAGGAGCUGAAAAUUAAGACGGAAGUGAUGGAGAAGAACUCGUCGUCGGUUUGA